AUGAACCAACCACAACUUAUAUCAAGGAGAUUCGACAAUUUUAAUGAUGAGAAAAUCACAACUAAUCGUCUUUGGUUAAAGGCUCACAUACAUGUGGUGUUGUUGCUUGCACUUCAAGGAAUUCCAUUUAGAGGCCAUGAUGAGAAAUCUAGUUCAUCUAAUCGUGGUAAUUUUCUUGAAUUUUUGGAUGUGCUAAGCAUGUAUAAUGACGAACUUUCAAAGGCAAUUACAAAAGCUCAAAAAAAUGCCAAGUAUACAAGUCACGAUAUUCAGAAACAAAUACUUCAUGUGCUUUCAGUGAGAGUGAAAAAUGCAAUUCAUGAAGAAAUUGGAGUUGUCAAGUAUUGCAUAAUUGUUGAUGAAGCCCGAGAUGAGUCAAAAAGAGAGCAAGUGUCUAUAGUAUUGAGGUUCGUGGAUACUAAUGGAUUCAUUCAAAAAUGUUUUUUUGGAUUUAUUCAUGUAUAUGAUACUGUAGCUUUGACUUUAAAGGAUGCUUUAUAUUCUUCUUUGGCUUACUACAAUUUGGAUGUUCAAAAUAUUAGAGGUCAAGGCUAUGAUGGUGCUAGUAAUAUGAGGGGCGAGUUUAAUGGAUUGCAAGCUUUAAUUAUAAAAGAUUGUAGAAGUGCUUAUUAUGUUCAUUGCUUUGCUCAUCGAUUACAAAUGGCUUUAGUUGCAGCAUCAAAAAAUGUGACACCUAUUCAUCAAUUUUUUGAUAUGUUAACUUUUAUAGUUAAUAUUGUUGGUUCUUCGUGUAAGCUUAAUGAUGAAUUGAAGAAUGCUCAUGCAUAUGACAUUGCACAUUUGAUUGCUAUUAAUGAACUCGAGACAGGGCAUGGGCUUAAUCAGAUAGGCUUAAUUAAGAUGUUUAGUGCAUCGUGUAUGGUAUUGCUUAAGGUUAUGGAUGAUGGACUUCCUUCUCAACGAGCAGAUGCAACAUCUGUUUAUGAUGAAAUGACUUCUUUUGAUUUUGUAUUCAUCUUGCAUCUUAUGAAAGAGAUUAUGGGGAUCACAGAUAUCCUUUGUCAAACUUUACAAAUGGAGUCUUUCAGAGUUGCGGAUAUAUGUAAAUUAGUUGAAAAGUUUUAUGCCCAAGACUUUACAAGAGAUGAAAAAGAGCAACUAGAGAUGCAAUUGAAGCAUUACGAGUAUAAUAUAGUCAAAGGGCCCAACUACAACAAUCUUGCAAUUAUUUCAGAAUUAUGUCAAUGGUUGGUGAAGACUAAUAAGUCUGUUACAUUCAACCUCAUUUUUAGAGUGAUUGCACUUGUACUUACUCUUCCGGUUUCCACUGCUACUACAGAACGAUCAUUUUUGGAGCAAAAUGGAGGAUGA